AGUUCAUUGUGGAAGCCCAAGAGCAGCCCCAGACAGAUAGCGGGAACCCAAGAUGGCAGGUGCUGAAGGAGAUACCCGGGGAUUUCAGUCACAUCCAGCUCAGCCUGCAGCCCUUCUGCAUUUACCGCUUCAGAGUUAUCGCUGGUAAUGAAGUUGGCAGGAGUCACCCAAGCAAAUCAACCAACAAGCACGCUACACCACCUACAGUUCCAUAUUCAAACCCCACUAAUGUGCGCACUAAUUCAACAGAACCAGGGAUUCUGCUCAUCACGUGGGAUGAGAUGGAAAAGCGUCUCCACAACGGCCAGGACUUCCGGUACCAGGUGUUCUGGCGGGAGGCUAACAGCCAAAACACAAACUGGGAAAGUUCCUAUGUCAAGUCUCCUCCGUUUAUAGUAAAUAACACUGGAACCUUCACACCGUUUGAGAUGAAAGUCCAGGCUGUCAAUGCAAAUGGAUCAGGACCUGCACCAGAGGCGAGGACCGGACAUUCAGGGGAGGACAAGCCAGAGGAGCCUCCCACUGGAGUUUCUUUCACUGUGAUGAACAGCACGGUCAGAGUGACGUGGAACGAAGCGCAGAACGUCCGUGGUCAUCUGCUGGGCUACAAGAUAUACAUCAGAAGGUUGGGUCCCCACAGUGCACGAGAGAGGAGGUCGCUUGGCAAACAUCACCACAUGAAGGAAAGAGAUAGACUUGAAAAACACAAACCGACGAACGGGGACAGCAGGGUGGUGCAUGUCCAUGGUGCAAAGACAUCUGCUGAAGUCACUGAUCUGCGUCUGUUCUCCCAUUAUGAGCUGAAGCUCACUGCCUUUAACAGCAAAGGGGAGAGCCCUCCUUCCCCUCCUGCACAUUUCAACACCCCAGAGGGAGCUCCUGGUCCUCCUUCAUCACUGAGGUUUGAAAGCCCCACAGAUACCUCAUUGGUUCUUUACUGGACCCCUCCAGAAGAAAUCAACGGAAAACUUAAGGGAUAUAGAGUUCUGUACCAGAAAGUUUCAAUGGGUGACGACAGUGAUGUGGUGAUGAGGGAGAUCCCAGACCCCAAAGUAGACUCCUUUGAACUCAAAGAUCUGGAUCCCAGCAGCUCUUACCUCUUUAAAGUUAUCGCCCAAACUGCAGCAGGAGACGGUCCUGCCAUUGAAAGGAUCAGCGCCACCCUACUAGAAGGAGCUCCUCCAUCAAACAUCACGGUAGUUUCCGGUAAUACGUCAUUCAACCUAAGCUGGGUCCCUGGAGAGCGCCACAGAAACCGAGGUUUCCAAAUCUCCUACCUCAGGAAGAGUGCUGGCGGUCAGUGGGAGAAAUCAGAGCUUCUCAACUCCUCGCAAGGUUUCUAUUCGCUGUCAGGACUCCAACCAGGAACAGAAUACAGCCUAAUGAUUGACCAUGAUAACAGCACCCUGUGGCAGGGGGUGUUCCGAACCGUAGGACCAGUGCCGUCAGAAAUGCCAGGCAGGUUUGCCACCCAGGGCUGGUUGAUAGGACUGAUAAGCGCCAUCCUGCUUCUGAUCUUGAUCCUCCUCAUCCUCUGUUUGAUUAAGCGCAGAAGGGGUGGAAAAUAUGCAGUGAAGGAAAAAGAAAAAAAGGACAUCGACUUUGACCUUCAGAACAAAGAUGAGACCUUCGGAGAGUACAGAUCCUUGGAGAGUGAUGGAGAUGAGAAGCGCUCUGAUAGUCAGCGCUCUCUGUGCGACGACAGCAAGCUGGGGAGCGAGGACUCCCUGGCUGAAUACGGAGACAGUGUGGACAUCCAGUUCAACGAGGAUGGCUCCUUCAUCGGCCAGUACAGCGGCCGUGCCGCCGUCCCCCAUGGCAACGAGAGCUCAGGUCCGGCUUCCCCAGUCAAUCCGGUCCCGCCGCCCCCCUUUGCUCCGUCCAUGUCGAGCAUCAUCAACCGGCCGAGUUAGAUCCACAAACACCAGAAGUGUACACCUAUACAUGCAUGCCUGCAGCAAAAUGGAAAAAGGGACUGAGCUCUCCCGAAUCCACUGCCUGUUUCAAACACAUUCAACAAUUGACUGUUUACUGGAAGCAUUUUCCUUUUUCCUCCUCUUGUUUACAGGUUUUACUCUGGAUAUAACCACAAACCUGCUAACUGCAAGAUGAAGACAGUCUGGAGCUCCUAAAUAAGCUCCAGGCUCAUUUGGCUCGUGAUAUAUUUAGAGGUAAACCCACAAAUAUAUCUUUUUAAUAUUAAUUUAAGCGUCUGUUUUGAUUUGAAUGCAGUGAGUAAAAGUUUACCAAACAAGUUUACCUUUUCAGCAUCACUGCCAUACUUUUGUUUCACUAAAACUUGGAGUUAGCAGAUUUGUAAUAAUGACACACUCAAUAAACUGAUAAUUUAAUUGCACUGUAGCUGUAGCUAUAAUUCCUUAGAAUGUUACAAAUCUUUGACAGUUAAAUAGUGAAGGGUUUUAAAAACUGGUGCAGACAAGACCAUUGGAGGUAAAAAUAUGAAGCAUUUAUUUUUUUUCUACCAUAAAUAUUUAGCCUGGUUGAUUACUUUUGUUUGUUUUUAACUUAACCGUCACCAUUUCUUUAUAAGACAAUUUUUUUAUGUAUUCAUAGACAAACAGUGGAGAACAAGAGCCCCUAGAAAAGAUGCAGAUUUUCUUUUAAAGGUGAUGAAACGGUAUUAACCACUGCUUCUCUGUGCAGCUUCAGUGUGCGACUAAAUCACAUAAUCAAAAUAAAGUAUGGAUCCGGCAUUUACUUUUCGGUGAUAUUUUUUAUUUCAGCAGAAUUGAGCUGCAUCUUGAAUGUGCCUCUUAGUUUUCCAAGUGAAAAGAUGUAUCAAAGAUAAGUAAUUCAAUUGACCAGCAGAUGGCUCCAGUUUUAAGUGAUGAAAAUGGUUUUAAGCCAUGACUUAAGUUCCACUUGCAUCCUUAAACUGGAGUCUGGGUCUUCAGAAGGUUUAGUUGGGAUAAUUCAGACAGCAAUGCGCUCCUAUGCACGCAAAUACAGCUCAUAAAGUAGAUGCAGGUCCACAGGAGAAGAAAGCAUGAAUGGAUAAAAUUAUGCAGGCAGAAAGAGAAUCUAAUGUUUCCUUCUCUGAAUGUAAAUAAAACCUUAAGAUUGUCUUUUUUUUACUUUAUACAGCUUCUUUUAUAAAAUAACCAAAUUGUUGUAAUUAUCUAUUGACGUGUUUGAUUUUGAGCGUUUGUAAGCUACAGACCUCCCACCCAACGUCCUCUGCUGUUGACUUUUCCUCUCGUGUCACUUAGUAGCUCGAAGCUCCUUUAGAGAAGAAUAGAAUCAUAGAGAAUUCAACCCUCUUCCUGUUUCCUUUUCUAGUGCUUAGAAAUGCAGAAGAAAUACAGAUUAUCAUAACAUCCUCUGACAUAACGUAAUAUUAUUAGAAAUGCCAGAGCUGUUUUAAAUGGAUUUGGAUGAGAAGUAUGGAGGCUUUCUGAUGAAUCAGCUCAGGGAACUGAUCAGAAGGCUCCAUCUGAUGGUUUCGUCCCAAACCAGAAGGCCAGCUCUACAGAAGCUGUACACCAGGGGUUCCAACUGGGACAAACAAACUCAGUCCCAGAAAAUAUCCGAUGGCAGAAAGAGAAUACGCUGCAAUACUGAGAUGUGCUAACUAACCUGCUUGUUGCAUUGUGCGCUGUACUGUAAGCUGGCAAACUAACCUCAGAUUGUCAUCUAAUGAAUAAAACAUGGACAAUGCA